GCAAAUGACUUUUAUUUUGAUUAUUGCAGGAAAAUCAAUAAUUUAACAAUUCCUAAAAAUUCGUUGAAAAUUGCACACGAACGGAGCAUGAGCAAAAGUUGUUGCAAGCAAUACUUUCAAGCAGCAAUAAUUAUAAAAUUUGUGUUAAUUUUAAGUAAUUUUAGUUUUUGUGAAUUUUGAAUUAAAUUUCUUAAUUGCAAUACAAUAAAAAUUUAUCUCAGAAAUUUUGUAAUAAAGUGCAACUGCAACUGGGCAAAGUUGUGAAUCAAAAAGGAGGCGGAAAGGUGAAGUGACCACCAAUAUUGUACAUUAAAGGCAAAUAUUAUUAAGCAUUUUGUCGUAACUAACAUGCGUACCUUGGUCGAAGACACCAAAAAAAUUGCAUUGAACAAUAACAAUAUUGGCACAACUUCUAAUAAUAUUGCAACUUCAACUCUAACUGCAACUGCAACAGCAACAAAUAAAACAAGAAACAUUACAAAGCAUUACAAAUCGUUGAAUAAAAAUUGUAAAAUGCAACAGCAACAACAACAGCAACAAAGUGCAAAUCUCAGCAGCAAUGGUGCACUUCAGAAACAGAACAGGCAGAAGCAGCAUCACCAACAACAGCAACAGCAACAACAACAACAAAAACAGCAACAGCAGCACAACAAUAAUUCUACAACAAUUGCAAUUCCAAAAGCAGCACAUGCCAACACGAACGAAGAAAUCGCUGGCGGGGUGCAAGACACCAUCUAUUUGUGUAAUUUUCGAGUGUCGGUCGAUGGCGAAUGGUUGUGCCUUAAAGAGUUGGCUGAUCUAGACAUAAACCAACAGAACGGUGCUCCCAUGAUCGCUGGACGCCAAACGCAUUUCGGCAGCAAGAACAAGCGCUACUCAGGAAUGUCAGCCAAUGGCUUGGAGGAUAAUGGUAUAUUGGCAAUACAAAAUUUAAUCAGUCGUCGUUUGAAUCAUGAGCGCGAACACGUUCAUAAAACAAAUAGUCAGCACUUGCUUACAACAAGACACGCACAAGAUAAUGGCUUAUGUGGUGUUAUUGGUGGUUCUAGUACUGGUGGUGAAUGGUCUAAUCUUUCUCGUGAUCCUGCUGAAAUUGAGCGUAGUAAUUUAGUUAAUAUAUGCAAAUUAGUUGUUAAGGAAUUAUUGGAACAAUCUCUACGAUAUGGACGUAUGCUGGACUCCGAUCACUUACCGUUGCAACAUUUUUUUAUUGUUAUUGAACAUGUCCUUGGUCAUGGUCUUCGUCCGAAAAAGGGUCUGUUGGGACCACGAAAAGAACUAUGGGACUUACUGCAAAGUGUUGAAAACUAUUGCCCCGAGGCACAAGACAUAACCGCAAGUGUGAGAGAUUUACCAACUGUACGUACACAUAUAGGACGUGCUAGAGCCUGGUUGCGGAUUGCACUCAUGCAGAAAAAACUAGCAGACUAUCUUCAAUCCCUUAUAGAGCACAGAGAUGAUUCACUUUAUGAGUACUAUGAGCCGCAUGCUUUAAUGUUAAGUGAUGAGAUUGUGGUUAUAAUGGGAAUUUUGGUCGGUCUAAAUGUGAUCGAUUGUAAUUUGUGCGUGAAAGAAGAAGAUCUCGAUUCCCAACAGGGCGUAAUCGAUUUCUCGCUUUAUUUGCGUUCAAGCUCGCGAAGUAAUGAUAAUGAGGAUGAUGUUAAUCAGGCUUUAGAUACGAACGGCCAGGGUAAUAUGAUUGCUGUUUUGGAUCAGAAGAAUUACAUAGAAGAAUUAAAUAGGCAUUUAAAUGCUACAGUGGCAAAUUUACAAGCAAAAGUAGAAUCAUUGACUACUACAAAUGCUUUGAUGAAGGAAGAUUUGGCGAUUGCGCGAAACAGUUUAUUAGCACUUCAAGCCGAGAACCAGGCAAUGCGUCAAAAUGCAAUUGCCAUAAAAGCAUCACCUACCUCACUGGCGGCCCAUAGUGAUACUAGUUCAAACAGUUCCAACGGUAAUGACAAAAACACUGCAGAUAAGUUAACAGCUGACCUAACAGAGGAGAAGAAAAAAACUGCAGAGCUUGAAAAAGAACUCAAAUUGCAAGUAUCUCUAAAAGCAGAAUCCGAUAUGGCCAUGAAGUUGCUUGAAAAGGAUAUACAUGAGAAGCAGGACACGAUUGUCUCUUUACGCAGACAGUUGGAUGAAAUUAAGCAAAUCAAUUUGGAAAUGUAUCGUAAAUUGCAGGACUCCGAAGCAACACUAAAACACAAAUCUGAAUUGCUCAGUAAAUUAGAAAACCACAAGGAAGAUAUGGCAAACACUAUCUCGCAAUUAGAACAAAAAUGGAGUGCUGACAAAUCAAGUUUAGAGGACGCAUUGAGAAAUUCAACACAAACAGUCUCUAAGCUUUCUAAGCAAGUGGCGACAUUUGAAGAACGAACUGCUCACGCCGAAGCUAAUGCUCGUAUCGAACGCGAAUGGAGGCAAACGUUGCAAGAGAAAGGAGACACGCUGCAAGAAAAAAUACAAGGCUUACAGAAUUACUGCAAGGAAUUAAACGAUAAUGUGCAACAAAGUUCAAAAAUAAAAGCUGAAUUGGAGAAAGUGCGUACUCAAUGGUCAGAGGCUCAAACUACACUAGAAGAAUUGGGUAUACAACUGUGUGAAAGUAAAUUAAAAGUAUCCGAAAUGCAGGAACGUGAAAAAAUGCAGCAGUCACUGAUGUCGUCGACAUCUUCCUUACAAUCACAUACUGAACCAAUUACUGCAGGUAUUUGGGCGCCAGAUUGUCUAGUUACACAUUGCACCGAUUGUCGUAAAGAGUUCAACUUGACCACGCGUAAACACCACUGCCGCAGUUGUGGUGAAAUAUUUUGUAAAAAUUGCUCAGACCAUACGUUGGUCUUACUCAAUGAGAAUGGUCAAUGGGGAAAGCCAGCCCGGGUUUGUAAUGGUUGUUAUGCAGCCAAAAAAUAACACUAGUUCUAAGUACUUUUGUACGCUUAUUUUUAUUAAAUAUAUACGAAUAUAUGUAUGUGUAUGUGUGCUAAAUAAAGUUAUUAUUUUUUUUAAAUUUUUACUGGAAUACCAUAUAUAUGUGUUUUUAAAGUAAUAAAUUGUUGUCUGUAUU